AAUUGUCAACAAACGAUAAUCGAUUCCUGAUUACAAAUCGAUUGGGGUGUUCAAGUGCAUAAGUUUUCCGUAAAUUUGACCCUAAAGCACCAACAUGUUAUCGCAAUAUGUAGAAGAGUUGGAACAGGAUCCGUUCGAGGUGGAAGAGUUCAUCGAACGAUUGUGCUGGCGGACAAACAACGAGAUCGGUUCGGACCAGUUCGAUCCCGACUUGCUGUAUGAAACCUUUGUCGAGACCAUCAAGGAUAUGAAGAUUCUGCAGGAACGUCAGCAACGCAAAUGCGACAAGCUCGAGGAAGCCCUAAAGGAAGAGCAGGCAAUCUUCGUGAAAGCAAUCGAUAAGUUCGUUGCCAAACAUCAGGUAUCGGUGGACUACUUUCAUCAGUUGGAUGAAAAGAUCAACUCGGUUGCGGGAAAGGUGAUCCAUCUAGGCGAACAGUUGCAGAACGUGAAUAUGCCACGGAGCCGAGCAGUCGAGGCACAGCUGUUGUUAAAUCACAUGACAGAAUUCCUUACGCCGGGUCCGAUCGUGAAUGAUAUCUACAGCGACAAGAGCAAACUGUACGAAGCGGCUGAUAUCAUUCAGAAACUGUUUCAAAUAUCGCAAGACUUGCCGGCUCAGCGGUUUGCGAAUGCGAAGAAAAAGAUCGAAUCCAAGUACGACGAUGUGGAGAUGCAGCUGAUCGAGGAAUUUGCCACGGCACAGAAGAUGGAAAAUAUCGAGCGGAUGAAGGAGUUGUCGGACAUUUUGUCGCAGUUUAAGGGCUACACGCAGGUGAUCGAUGUGUACAUCGAGCAGAGCCAGGCGACGACCUACGGUGGACGGGAUGUGUUCGAAGGUAUUGUACCGUUGUGCCACAAGCACUACAAAAUCAUACAGCAGGUAUUUAGCGCACCGGACAAAGUGAUAAGCAAGUUCAUUCUCAACAUAUAUCAGCUGAAAAUUAAUCAGUUCGUGCAGACAAAGCUGGACGAUCGAAAGGAUGAGAACAAGUAUUUGAAAACACUUUCGGAGCUAUAUUCGCGCACCAUGAAGCUAAGCGCAGAGUUACAAGAAUUUUUCAAAGGCUCCGAAGAUGAUUUGUUGCAAAAGUUGACGGCCAAUAUAUUCGAUCGUCAUCUGGCGACGUACAUCGAGGUGGAAAGCCGCACACUGGACGGGAAGUGUCAGGUGGAGUUGAAAAAGUUCUACGAAAACAAAAACCACCAAAAGAAACAGAUCGAACGGUUCCAAGAAUUGCGGCGAGAUAUGCAGGCGCUAAUCGGUAGUAGGGCUAAUAUAAAUAUCGCCCAGAUCGAAGAUUACGGUGGCGAAACGUUCCUCUCGGAGGAGCUUGCGAUCAACUUGCUGCAGCAGUCGUCGCACGCUUUCGAGCGUUGUUGUUUGCUAUCGAAGGAAAACGAUUUGCCACGAAAUAUUCUCAAGCUAACGGACACGCUGCUGCGCUAUCUACUGCACGAGCAUUGCGAUUAUGCGCUCGAUCUUGGGCUCCAGGCCAUUCCGAUCGCCGAAUGCAAAAGUGUACCGCAGAUAUACUUUUUCGAUGUCGCACAGAAGUGUAAUGCCAUUGUACAUCUGCUGGAAAAGACGUACAAUGCGAGUGUAAUCCCGAACGUAAUCGGUACACCGCAGUACACGGAUUGCAUACAGAAAAAGCGCUCCUACCUGGAGACGGUAGAGAAUAAGAUCGAAACGGGGCUGGAACGAACGCUGAAUGCGAUCUUUGGUUGGGUUAAAACGUACCUUGCCAGCGAACAGAAGAAGUCUGACUUCAAGCCAGACACCGAUGUCGAUACGGUAGCGUCGAACGCGUGCCUUGCGGUGGUACAGUAUCUAAACCCACUGAUCGGACUGAUCCAGAAGACGAUCGAUGGAGAAAAUUUGGCUGCUGUACUGACGGAGUUUGGCAUCCGUUACCAUCGGGUAGUUUUUGAACAUUUGCAGCAGUUUCAGUACAAUACAGCUGGUGCCAUGUGCGCCAUUUGCGAUGUGAAUGAAUAUCGAAAGAGUGCUCGCGUGCUGCAGAGUCCUUUGGUGACGCAGCUGUUUGAUGUGCUGCAUGCGUUGUGCAAUUUGCUGUUGGUAAAACAUGAAAAUUUGCAGGAAGUUUGUGGUGGGGAAACGCUCAACUAUCUGGACAAGUCGGUGGUGAUGAAUUUUAUUCAGUUGCGUAGCGAUUACAAAACUAUUAAAAUAUCCAACUCGCUGAAGGGAAUAUCGGACCAACGGAUGGUGUAA